AUGCCACCCCCCGAACCUUUACUCGCCAGCGGCCAUGCUCGAGGCAACGGCCCCGUGAUCAUACCUCCCAAGGCGUCGACGGCACCCGAAGAGCCUCCCAAACGAGAUUCACGCCAUUCUUCUGGAGACAGCGGUUUCAACUUCGACAUGAAAUCACAGCCCGAAGCGGUCUCUUUCCGCAGCGAUGGCGCUCCGAGCUCUGUCAGCAGCAGCGGAGGCCGCUUCUUUCGCGAGAACCUCAACCUUGCGGCCGGCACCAAACGAUCCAACUCGACGAGCCCGUUCCGCAUAUCGAUGCCGUACAUCACCCCGGGACAGCUCGCCUUUUCCGCCAUGCAGUAUCUGCCCGUACCGCUACUGGUUUUGACCAACUUGAAGACGGUGGUGUUGGCGAACGAGGCGAUGGGCAGGAUGCUGGGCAUGGCGGAUACGUCCGACGACACCAACUCUUACAUCGCCGAGAGGUUGAGAGGGCAGUCCCUCUCGCAGGUGGGGAUCGACAUGAUUCAAGAAGGUCGCCCGGUCUGGGUUGGCUGGGAAGCUUUUCUAGACUCCCUCGUGCUUGAGAUGGGCGCGAGGCAAACGUCCAAGGAUGCUGCCGACAUGUUCGGCCAGGGUGGGGAAGCCACUCCGACUGCCGGUUCCCUGGCCCCGCCUCCCCCGGACCACCCGCCGAGUACACCGACUGUCAAGGACGCUGUGGUGGAUGUCAUCAUCACCAGGAAAGAAUUGGGAAAGCCAGGAUUCGAUCCCAGAAGCAAAUCCGGCGCAUCUGAACAUCAGGUUUACGCCAAAAUGAUUGUAACAAUAUGGGAGAUUGAAGAUCACCAGGUCUACUUCACACUCACCUUUACCAGCUCUCAGUCACCCCCGUCAAGUCUAAUUCAGAGUCGCAAGUCCACGGCGAAACCGAACAUGCUAGAACAAGCGGAUCGAAAAACCAUAUCAAACUCUAACCCACCGUCAGUCAGUUCCAGCCACGACUCGAGCUCGCCGUCAUUUCGUGUCAGCCCUAGUGCGGUGUCACUAUCGUCGAGCCCGUUCCCGCCCAUGGGUCCGCCAUCCACGGCGGCCCACGCCAGCGCACCCUCGAUUCUGCAGAAGAUGAUCUUGAUGAAGGACGCACUUCUCGACAAUACGACUAUGCCAAUCCUGGCAAUGUGGAAGGACGGAAGUGUGACAUUCCCAAAUAAGGCCGCUCGCAAUCUUUUACGCCAAGAAAGCGAUCUGGAGAGGUCUGCUGAUGGGUUCGACCUAUUGCCAGGCUGGACUCUGUGGGACGCGGAAUUCACAAGACAGUUAGACGUUAGCGAAUUUCCCAUUUCGGUUCUCCUCCGGACGGAACAGCCUUUUAGCAACAUGCGCGUCGGAGCUCUGGACCACGACGGUAAACGGCACGUGUACGAUGCGCUCGGUGAAGCGAUCAGAGAUGACGCUACUGGCGAAUUCCUGGCUGGCGUUGUCACGUUCCGAGACGUCACGAAGAUGACGGAAGAGAUCACAGAGAUUAAAGAGCGGGACGAGGAGCGAUUCAAGCUAAUCUGCGAUACGAUGCCUCAACUAGUAUGGACUACGAGACCGGAUGGUUACCAUGACUUCUUCAAUACCCGGUGGUACACCUACACAGGUCUCACGCCCGAGGACUCGUUAGGCCUCGGAUGGAAGCAUCCGUUCCACCCAGACGAUAUGCCGGAAACCGUAAAGCGAUGGAAGCAUUCCUUGGCGACGGGAGAUCCAUACGUUACCGAGUACCGGUGUCGUAGCAAGACUGGUGAAUGGAGGUGGAUGUUGGGACGUGCUCUUCCGCUAAGGAACAAGGAGACCGGCGAGAUUGAGAAGUGGUUCGGAACGUGUACGGACGUCAACGAGGGAAUCGAGGCUAAGCUCACAGCAAGGAGAACGCGGCAGCAGCUUCUGAGCGUGCUUGCCCAUUCACAGGUCACGAUUUUCACCGUCGAUACGAGCCGCAAGAUGACUAUGCUGGAGGGAGCCUUGAUUUGGGAUAACGGAGAAGACACUUCGCAAAGCAACUCCAACUGGUUCAUCGGUCAAGACAUGUACGAGGUUUUCAACCGCCUCAACCCGCAGCUGAAGGAUGGCGAGCGCCCGAAAUUCCUCCGACCUAUCGAAGACAUGCUCGCAGGCGCAAAGGCGGAAGAAGUCGCAGAACACGGUAUGGAUGGCAGAUGGUACCGCACGAGAUUCCUACCGAUCCUUGGCAAGAAGUCGGAGGAGGGUCUCGUGACAAACGAAACCUGCAUCGAAGGCGUCAUCGGUGUCAUCAUGGAUGUGACCGAGUUGAAGGAGAAGGCCGAGGAUCUGGAAGAGGAAGCCCGGGAGAAGAAGCAAGCCAUGGCGAACGAGGCCGCUGCGAAGGAAGCCAACAGACUCAAGAGUCAAUUCCUCGCCAACAUGUCUCACGAAAUUCGUACGCCCAUCACCGGUGUCAUUGGAAUGGCCGAAUUGCUGCGAGAUAUGGAGCUCGAUGCCGAACAGAUGGAAUACGUCGAAAACAUCCAACGAUCCGCCAACGCCCUCCUCACUGUCAUCAACGAUAUUCUCGACUUUUCCAAGGUUGAGUCCGGUCGGCUGGAUAUCGAAGAGGUUCAAUUCUCGCUGUCUGUCAUCGUCACGGACGUCAGAAAGAUGCUUAGCUUUGCAGCCGAGCGCAAGAAUCUUGACUUCAGGUCGGAUAUCUCCAAGGAUAUCGAGAACGAUCUGGUAGUCAUUGGUGACCCAGGGCGUGUGCGUCAGAUCAUCACGAAUCUUCUGACGAAUAGUAUCAAGUUUACGAAUCAAGGCUACGUCAAGUUUUCCGUUCAAAAAGAGAAGGAGACUGCCGAUAGCAUUGUCGUCAAAUUCGUCGUGGAGGACAGCGGAAUCGGUAUCGAAGAGGAGGUGCGGAAAAAGCUGUUCCAGCCCUUCAGCCAAGGAGACGCAUCCACAGCCAGGAAGUUCGGCGGAACAGGUCUUGGCCUGACCAUUUGCAAGAACCUCCUCGACCUGAUGCACGGAGACGUGACCCUGGAAUCGUCGAUCGGCAACGGGACUGUUGCCACAUUCUGGGUUCCAUUCAGCAAGCCUCAAGGCCGUCAACGCAAUCCCAUUGUUGAGAUUGACUCCCUCCCCGAUCGCUUACAGUCUGAAAUGAGCGUCUCCUGCAAUAGUUCAGAGUUUGAACAGUUGAUCAACACGCCACCUGCCUCCGGCGACUCUUCUCAGUUCCUCAACGACAAGCACAAGUCCCCAUCUCGACGACUUUCUGUCCGAACACCCCCGGCUUCAGAGGAGGAACUACUGCCACAUUCGGAACGCUCCAAGAUUCGCGUUUUGGUUGUCGAAGACAAUGCCAUCAACCAGCAAAUCGCGACCAAGACGAUCAUGAAGCUUGGAUUCACCGUGACUGCAGCAUGGAAUGGGAAAGACGCCCUCGAAUACAUGGCAGCUGCUCAGAAGGGCAAACACGCCAAGCCGGACAUCAUCCUCAUGGACGUACAGAUGCCAGUCAUCGACGGUUACAAGUGCACACACUUGUUGCGUCAUCACGUGCCUUACAAGGCAUACGUACGGGACAUUCCCAUUGUGGCAAUGACGGCGUCCGCUAUUCAAGGUGACAAGGAGAAGUGCACCAAGGCGGGCAUGGAUGACUACCUGGCGAAACCGGUCAAGAGCAAGACAUUGGAGAGGAUGUUGGUGAGAUGGAGUUUGGUCAAGCGACGACAUGGGCCAGCGGACGCACAGAAGGGUUCGGACGGCUCACUUUCCGACUGCUCGGACACAGCUGAAUACUGCAGCAACGCAGACAUCCCAGGCGUCGAGCAUGAUCACGGGUCUAGAGAUACCCUAGGUGUCCUCAAGCAAGACGUGCAGAAAAGUCAGGAGAAGCAGGAGAAGCAGGAAAUCGACAGGGAAGAAAAGGGGGAUGUGGUGACCCCAAGGCCCUUGACCAGGAACAACUCAUACGAGCCAUCGCCGUUCGACUCGCCGGACUUGGUCGAGUCUACCAAGCCCAUCCGCCGCAACGAAACCGACGAGCUCGCGAUGCAGGCACAGGCCGGGAAGCUGAUGGACGCGGCAGGCGGCAAGAAGCUCGACCGGCGCGGGGCAUCGUUCCAGACGGUCAUCCAGGGUGACUCUCUUACCGAAGAAAAUGUCGAAAAAUUAGGAAAGGAGGAGCAGAAUCGAAGAUCAUAG